AUGUCUACACCUCCUCCUACGGGUGAUACCCCCAACCGAGUCUCCCCGGGAGCCUCGCAGUCUCGUCUCCAAGAGAGCAUUGGCCAGUCCCCCGAGACAACUGCUAUUGGUGUUCCGGCCUUCAAGCAGAAGCCGACCAUUGUGACUCUGGCUACACCCAAGCUUGUCAAUCAGAAUGGUCUUAAGGUUGGUUUUUCCGCCCACUCUCUGCCACCUCGCUCACAGCGUCGACAGAAGAAGACCAAUCAGAAGCCGAGCACCAUUGCUGGCACGAACCCCAUGGAUAUGUUGCUCGCCAAACUGUCGGAGCAGCAGGCUGCCCUCGACCAGCAGAAUGAGGCUCUGAAGAGCUCUGAUAACAACAACAGUCUGUACUCGCGCGGCUUUGACCAGGCUCCCUCAACGACCAAUUCCGUCCCCAUCACCCCCGCGACGGAUUCGUUCCCUACGACUGCCCCCACGACCCGUCCAGCUAGUGCUGCCCUUAAGGAGAACCACGGCAACAUGGAGGAGGUUCUUCGACUCAAGGUGGAGCUUGCCCGGGCUCAGAACAAGAUCUCUCGCCUUGACCAUGAACUUGCCCAUUCACGUUCUAUUAAGCAGGAACCUGACCUGAUGGCCCAGCCGUCGAUUCGUCCCAACAUGCUUGGCCCUGAGAACACUUGGGGUCCCAAUGAUGACAGCUCUUCGGAUGCUGGUGGUCCUUCUAUCGGCGGAUACGGCCGUUCUCGCUCGAUUUGGGGUAGCCAGCGAGGCCCCCCUGCUUUUGCCAACCACAGUAUGCCUGCCGCCCCUUCCGAUUCGCAGCCAGUUGGAGGUGACUGGUAUGGGAGCGGCCGCGGUGGCUUUAACCAGGGCUACAUUGAUUCUGCUGCCACGUACUCCAUGGCGGAUACCUACCGAGGUGAGCGCAUGAGCCAGGACACGGAUAUGUUCUCUCGCCCCCCUAGCAGCCGCCGGAACAAUCGUUUCGACAACAGCCGGUGGCCCUCCCCUCAGCCCUACGGCGGAUCCAACUUUGGCGGACACAACUAUGGCAACUUCACACCAUCGCCUGCCCCGUUCGACAAUAUGGGCGGAGGCCCAGGCAGCGCCUCGGGAAACAUGGGUGCUGGCAUGUACCAAGGCUACAACCAGCAGCCCAUUGGCAGCCCACUCUCCCCUCACGCAACCGAGUUCACCACUGGUGACGGAUGGAAGACUGAGGUAUGUCGAAAUAAUCAGAGAAAAGAAGCUAAACCCCGAGAACUGACUCGUCCCCUUGCACAGUCCAUCGCCACCGAGGGUCAGACGUAUCUUCCCACCACCGAGCCUCUCAACUACCGCCGGCUCUUGGAUCGCAAUGUCAACUGCAACUGGAAGUACAUUGUGGACAAGAUCGUCUGCAACAACGACCAGCAGGCGUCCAUCUUUCUGCAGCAGAAGCUCAAGGUCGGCACCCCGGACCAGAAGUAUGAGAUCGUUGAAGCCAUCGUCGCUCAAGCCUACCCUCUCAUGGUCAACCGCUUCGGAAACUUUCUCGUUCAACGUUGCUUCGAGCACGGAACCCCCGAGCAAGUCGUCAAGAUUGCUGAGGCAAUCCGCGGCAACACUCUCAGCCUCUCCAUGGAUCCUUUCGGAUGCCACGUUGUUCAGAAGGCGUUCGAUUCUGUUCCCGAGGAGUACAAGGCCAUCAUGGUUCAUGAACUCCUUCGUCGAAUCCCUGAGACGGUCAUCCAUCGCUAUGCCUGUCACGUCUGGCAGAAGCUUUUCGAGCUUCGCUGGUCCGAGUCUCCUCCUCAGAUUAUGAACUUCGUCAAUGAGGCCUUGCGAGGCAUGUGGCAUGAGGUCGCCCUGGGCGAAACUGGCAGCUUGGUUGUCCAAAACAUCUUUGAGAAUUGUCUCGAGGAAGACAAAGUAGGUCGACGUCAUCUUCGUUGUUCUAGGAGAUGCAGUGCUAACCAGUCAUCACAGCGCCCUUGCAUUGAGGAGGUUCUUGCCAAUAUUGACAUCGUUGCCCACGGCCAGUUUGGAAACUGGUGCAUUCAACACAUCUGCGAGCAUGGCGCGCCGGCUGACCGCAGCCGUGCCAUCGACCACGUCAUUCGCUACGCCGCCGAGUACAGCACCGACCAGUAUGCCUCCAAGGUCGUUGAGAAGUGUCUCAAGAUUAGUGGUGGAGAGUUUCUCAGCCGUUACCUUGACCGAGUUUGCGAGGGACGAGUGGACCGCCCCCGUAUUCCCCUUGUUGACAUUGCCAGCGACCAGUAUGGCAACUACCUUAUCCAGUACAUCCUCACCCAUGCCGGCAUGCAGCACCGCGAGGUGGUCGCUGCCCACAUUCGCAAGCACAUGGUGUCUCUUCGAGGAUCCAAGUUCGGCUCUCGCGUGGGCAUGCUCUGCACCAACCCAGCUGUCGCGACCCGUCCCGGCCCUGGAGUUGGUCCUAGCAUGAACCGAAUGGGCGCUGGUCCUCGUUACAGCGGCGGUGCUGGCGGCUACCGUUAG